CCACACAUCAAUUUGACAGCACAUGAGCACCACGGCGAGCCCAGCGUCAGAGGCAGGGCCAGACAAUGCGAAAGCAGCCCGCAAUGCAAGAGCCCGCAAUAAUCAGCGAGUCUCUCGCGCAAGAAAACAGGAACGUGUUGCGCAUCUCGAAGAACAAGUGCGACUAUAUGAAGAGCGCGGCGUCGCAGCAACUAUCUCUGUACAGACGCGCGCGCGGCAAGUGGAGGCGGAGAAUCGGCAGCUGAAAGGCUGGCUGACUGCGCUUGGUGUGCGCGACUCAGAUUUGACGCACUGCCUGACGCUACCGAUGGAUGAAGGCGCUCAGCAUAUCAGGCGCUUUUUGCAGCCUGCUUUUGCUGUCGCUGCGCCAGUGGAACAGAGCCUUGUAUUGCCCCUUCCUAAUCUACAACCCGUGGCGACUGCUGGGUACAGUACCUUUGCACAACCAUUGGAGAAUUGGCGUCCGAGCGUACCACCCAUACAAUCGCCUGCCGCGGCGAUAGGCGCCUUUACACCACGUCAAGCUAUUCCAGUGCCGAUGGUCGCCAGUCAAGUACCACCAACUAUACCGCCUACAAAAACUCCAGACCUCGGCGCCCAAGCCUUUGACUUUGCGGCACCUGACGCAGCGUUUGCCAACUUUCUCGGACUGCUCGGCCCUGUUGAGGUACCACAAAAGUGUGGCAAGGAUCUGAGUGCCGUCGGGCAGCAAUUCUGUGCACUGCUGACUGCAUUGUCGCCUGCUGUCUAUUCAGAAGCAGACCGCGUGACUGGCAGACACAUGACGUGUAGACAGACAUAUGAUGCGCUGCAGCAUUUGCUUGGUGGCAAGUUGAGUGUGGAGGAGGUGGUCGGAAAGCUCAUGGCUUCUGCAAAGCUAUCGCUCGAUGCAGAUGAAGGAUCACUGGUAGAUGGUGAUGUCGUCAAGGAGAUUUUGGACAGUAUUGGCAUCGAGUUGGGCGGGACUUGUACAAGGGGUCUGCCUUGCUGUUGAGACAUCUGCAAAGAUGAUGACAGGAUCGAGAGGCCGCCGGAAUCAGCAUUGCAGUGCUAUGAUGCAUCAUGCUGUGAGACUUGACUACAUCCUCGAGCCUUUCUCAUGACUUUGGCUUGUUCAGAACCGCGGAAGUUGUCCAGCUCGUGUAUCUUGACGAAGUCCCUUCGAUCCUAAAGACAUGCCUUUGACGCCUUAUGCCGUAUAUAUCAUUUAGCUGCUAGCAUAUCGAGUGAAGCGAAAUAAGGCAUUAUACUGUGUUUGAUGCAACCAUUACCUAUAGACGAUCAGCAAAACUAUGGAGAGGACACGGACAAUUCAUCAGUAUACAAAUUGUCUACAGCAGUCUUUUGCUUGCUCAGCGUGCGCCAGACUCCGCAGAGAUGUAUGUGGUAGGAAUGUAAAU